CUCAGUUCACGUUUGGCGGCAGUCGGCAGUCUGCACUCGCCAGUGGACGCGAACGGUUGGUUUGCCUGUGAUCGUAGUCAUAUUGAGAACUGUACACGAAAAUGGCGUAGUAAGGUGGUACAAUGCCAUUGAAUAUCGUCGUGUUCCGUCAUACAUCGCGAAAAGUUCCGAACAGUGUACGGGCAUUUACCGUUUGACCUUAAAACCGUUCGUAACGAUACCGUCCAAUCAAGAGCAUUGUGAUUAUUACAUUCGAUCGCUCUUUCCGACAGCAGCGUAUAAGGUGUGUUAUGUGUUGGUGACUCGUACUGUGAUUUUUCAACGAACGCGUCUCAGUUCCUCGUAACAUUUUGGAGUACAUUUUGGAGUGCGAGUUUUAUCAAGACGACGUGGUCCAAUCCUUGAUGCGGUUAAACCAAGGAUGGCAAUCAUACUUGGGAGAAAUCGGAAAUUCUUCCUCGUGACAGCUUGACGACCUCGACUCCAGGCGAGUUCAAGAUGGCGCCACCGGCAUUUUGACACUUGUCCAAGAUUCGUCAGCUGGAUUUUACAACCGCUUCGAGCACCGAUUAUUAUGAGCAGAGAAUUUUACGUCCCUUGUACACCAUACACUUAUCAGUGUGGCAGCGGUGGAGGGUCGACGGAGGGCGUCGUCGGUAGCGUCAGUGGCAGCGCGAGCGGUAGCGGUAACAGCAGCACCGGUGGUGGCAUGGAUUGCAUGCCCCUGCGCCCGGGUCCAUUUCACUACUUGAUAAGCGAGCAAGCCAAGUCCCUGAUAGCCCUACAGGAACUGCAGAAUGAGGUCGGCGCCCUGCUCGAGUUUCGGGACCUCGUCAUCGAGACGUUCCCAAACCUCAGGCACAAGAUGGCCUCGACGGCGUCCGCGGGAGCGUCUGUGAUGUCAUCCUCUUGUACCCAAAACUCUCACAUCCCCUUACCACUGUCUAGUUCGUCGUCGAGGAGGAUCAACGAAUGGGAGCCGGGGAAGCUCAGAAGACGGGCGCCACGGGAAGGUGGCGGCGAGUCCUCGUCGUUGCCUAGAAGCCGCAGCAACUCGCACAGCGGCGGUACGAAGAACAAUUGUAGCGCGACGGUCCAAGAUUCGGGUUUCAGCACGGAAACAUCCUCGAAGGACAGCGCCUCGACAGCUAUAGCGCCGAGACCGAACAGUCCUCGGCCAGCUGUGCUAGACGAGGCGGAGGACGAGCUGUGGAAUCUUCUGGACGUGAUCCACCGUAAGGGGAUUAGACUGAGAGAAGAGGUGGAAUGCCUUCAGGGACGUUUGGAGAGCGUGGCGCCCGAAGAUCUGGAAUCUGCGGAUAUCCUAGACGAUGUGCGGAAGGUCACGUGUUUGGAUAGCGAAACUACGAUAUCGACCGAGAAAGAGAAAGAAGAUAAGGAUUCUCAGGUGAUAGUACUCAAAAGGGAGAAAGAACAACUCUUGGAUAAAGUCGCGGAACUCGAAGCCGAGACUAUAUCGAGCCGAGCCAGAGCGCAGGAACUUCAGUCGGAGUUGGCCGCGUUAUCCGCUCUUAAGAUUGGUUUGGAGGAUCGGCUGAAGACUGGACUGAACGAUACGUCUUCGGACAUCAUCGUGCCAGGCGCGCAGAGGCUCCAGCCGAUCACACUCGUUACCUCGACGCCGAAGAGCAACAACGUUAGCAACAUUAAGAGCAAAUCGUCGGCGUUCGCGUCGGUGUCUACGUCCGCGAAGGCUCAUAAGAGUCGAUUCAGGACGAGGACUAUCGAGAAGAACGUGUUGCUAGACGUGACCGCGCACAAUGACGAACUGAGGGACAUCGACAUCGAGGCGAGCGUUAACGAGAGGAGAGCGCGGUUGGGCGCGUUGGACUCCGUCCUAGUAUCGCCCGUCAGGGUCGGCCACGUUAAGGACGUUGACUCGAGAAAGAUUGCUGCCAUCCUCCGGGAACACUCGCCGCUAGAGCUGCAACGGCAUUUAAUCACUUCUACCGUCCAUAAUCAGGUCUUACAAAAAAGGUUAGAUGAAGUACAGAAAAGUACGGAGACCCUCUCUGAACGGUUGGACAAGGUUCGCGAGGAAAACGAUGACUUGCGUUUCCAGUUGGAAGAGAGGAAAAUCGAAUUGGAAGGCACACGAGCGCGCGUCCGGGUAUUAGAAAGACAACAACAACGACCGCCGACGGAAAUGGAUCCGGAGGUGGACGUUGAUCAACCGAGAUGCGAACAGAAUGGUCUCGAACCGGGAAGCAGCACGGAAUCGGCCCGUGACCAUCACCAAGCCGUCGAGGUGAAACCGUCGCCUCGACGGCGUCCUAGUCGUAUACCUUUACCCGGUUCCACGUCGAAGGCGGUCGCGCCGAGACCGCCUAGUCACGGUAGGAACGAUAGCAAGGAGUCCUUGAAAUCGUUGACGAGGCCGCCGCGUGAUUCUAGUCGCGACAGUCAUAGUGGCAAGUCGUUGUCGAAGGCUCGUGACUCGAACCGGGAUUCUCUGAGCAACAGGAGCCUGACCAAGAGCAACAGUAACAGCAACUGCAGCAGCGGGAAUGGAAACGGGAGUGGAAAUGGGAAUGGAAACUGCAAGGAGACGAGUAGGGAAUCUCUGAAUAGAUCCCUGCCACGUAAUAAUUCCAGCCGAGAUUCCUUAAACAAAUCCUCCUCGCUGUCCCGCGCCCGAGACUCAUUGGAGUCUGGCAACCUCGGCACGUCCUCAUCCCCAGGGACGACACCUCCUCGACGAUCGUCCGCUCUUGCACGCCGUUCCCACAGUCUGGCCCGCCCGCCAACGUCCGUUGAUACCGAGAACGGCAAGGUACGAUCCGUAAAGCACUACUUUUGGAGCAACUGGCUGAAGUCGUCGUUGUCCAACGGACCGAUUUAGUAGAGGAGCUGCACGGAACCACCGAGUUCCUGGUGCUCGACGAAUGGUAGCUUUCGGCACAGCGAUUCCUCCCUAUACCCGGACUCGUUGAAUCAAGAGACGUCUUCGGCAACUGGUACCACCAAGGUGGAAUUCAUCAUCGGGUCGCCGACCAGACGUUUCCGACAGAGUUCCGUUUGGCCUCAUCAUUAUUUUGAUAGCAUAGACUCGGCGGCGAUGUUGCCGGAAAGUUUGUUAACCGACGAGUGCUCCUUUCGUUGCGGCGAGGCCUUAGCUGAAGAUUUUGUUGCAUUGAUGCAUCUGUUUAAAGGGUCGAUUGGUAACGGGAUACUCUUUUUACCGAACGGAUUCAAGAGAUGUGGUUUAGUGAUACCACUCAUAUCUGGCUUCGUUAUAGGCUUGCUGUGUAUACACACGGUCACUACGUUGGUGAAAUGCUCUCAGAUUUUGUGCAGACGAAAUCGCGUGCCGAUGUUGGAUUUGGCCGGAACGGCACGAACCUCGUUCCUCAGUGGGCCAGAAAAGGUGCAAAAAUACAGCAAAGCAUUCGGGAUCGUAAUGAACGUGAUCGUUAUAUUCGUCCACAUGCAAGCUGGCGUAAUAUACAUCCUUUACAUAUCCACUUCGAUGCAGCAAGUGAUCGAAUUUUUCUCCGGCGUAGAACUAGAUAUACGAGUUUACAUAGUGUCACUGUUUCCGCUGUACUUGAUUCUCGGUUUCGUUCCACACCUGAAGUAUUUGGCGCCGUUUUCUGUAAUCGGUUCAUGUUUCAUGUUCACCGGUCUUUGCGUCAGCAUGUAUUAUUUCCUGGAAGACAUCCCCGAUCCAGGACGGUUAACAAAGUUCACGGCCGUCUUACCGAUACCCAUGUACUGUACCAUUUUUCUAUUCUCCCUGCACAACCUGACCUUAUGCAUGCCAUUGGAGAACUCUAUGGAGACCCCGCAUCAUUUACCAACAUUGAUAACGAUCAACAUGUUCUUCAACACUUGCCUGUACACGACGUUCGGCUUCCUGGGCUACAACAAAUAUUUUGAACGUACCUGCGACACGGUGAUAAAAAAUUUGCCCAUUGACCAACCGCUGGCGCAGGCGGUCAAAAUUGCUACUUCGUUUGCUGUGUUGUGCACGCUCGGCUUAAGUUAUUACGUGCCCAUGCGAGUUUUGUGGCCACUGAUUCGAGAAAGGUGGGAGAUUCCACCCGAAUGGGAGAGAAUAGGCGAAGCUAUCCUCCGUUUGUCGGGACUGCUUCUAUUCACGACAAUUGCCUUAGCCGUUCCUCAAUUGGUUCCUCUGCUCGGGCUCUUAACAGCGUUAAGCACGACCUCGAUUAUGCUACUAGUUCCGGUACUGAUCGAAACGACGACGAAGUGGGAUGAAGCCACGCGAUUUCUUCUCACCAAGAACUGUAUUAUAUCCGUAAUCUGGAUCGUCCUACUGGUUUCUGGAUUUUCUCAAAGUUUGAUGUCCAUUAUCAAAGAGUAUGGUGCCCAGAGAGAGGAUGCAUGCUAAUUAAUCAGCGAAAAUGAAAGCAGUUUUCUAUAUUACAUUUAUGGGAUCACAGCAAUUUACACUAGUG